AUGGCCGCCUCCACCGCCCAGUGCCGCCUGACAAAAGCGGAGGGCAGGGCGGUGGCGGUGGCGGGGCCGCGGGGGGGGGGCCGGGACCGCUCGGCCGGGGGGGGGCCGCCCCCGUCACCCGCGCUGCUGCUGCCGCCGCCGCCGCCGCCGCCGCCGCCGCCGCCGGACGAACCCGAUCCGGGGGCCGCGCCGGUCCUGGGCUCCGAGGAGGAGGAGGAGGAGGAAGAGGAAGAAGAGGAGGAGAUGGUGGCUGUGGAACUGGGCUCCCCUCCUCUGUCCAAGAAGAGCCUCCCUCCCGGGCAGCUGGAACAAGCACCGAGUAGGUUGGACAGCAAGAUGUCUCCAGAGCCUCCCCAUGGGAGCAAACAGGAACUGCCAGACCUCAAGACCCAGAACCUGACAACGUGCGAGGUUUGCGGCGCCUGCUUCGAGACCCGUAAAGGCCUCUCCAGCCAUGCCCGCUCCCACCUGCGGCAGCUGGGGGUGGCCGAGUCGGAGAGCAGCGGUGCCCCCAUUGAUCUGCUUUAUGAGCUGAUGAAGCAGAAGGGCAAGCCUGACAGCAGCCCCCUCCCCCCACCCCUUGCUAAGAAGUCCAGCUCCCCCAAGGAAGCUGGGGCCGGUUCCCCCCGCUCGGCCCUGCUGACCCUCAACAAAGUGGGCGACAGGCCCCCCGAUGCCCCCGUCAACAAGGCCAUCAAGUCACCCCCGGGCUUCUCUUCCAAGGGCCUGCCGCACCCGCCAGGCUCUCCCCUCCUCAAGAAGGUGCCGUCUGCCCUGCCGGGAUCGCCACCACCCAAGAACCCCGAAGACAAGAGCCCCAAGCUGCCUCUCAGCCCCCUGCCUGGCUCCCCCAAGGCACAGUGGCCCCAGCAUGAAGAGGAAGGGCCCCUAAAUCUCACUUUAGAUAGUGACUCGGGCAGAGAGCUUGACUGCCAGUUGUGUGGGGCCUGGUUUGAGACCAGAAAGGGCCUGUCCAGUCACGCCAGAGCCCACCUGCGUCACCUGGGGGUGAGCGACCCGGACGCCAAGGGAUCCCCCAUUGACGUGCUCCACGAGCUCAUCAAGAGCGACGGCUUCCAGACCCGCCUACCGGCCGAGCGGGAGGCGCUGGGGGAGCCGGGGCGGCCUGGCCCUUCCGCCUUGAGGCCCCCCACCACGGCCCUCUCACCGCUCUCCCCUCCGCCUGCCAAGAAGCCCAAGCCGAGGGCGUCGGGCGAGGCCGGCCUGCCGGGGAAGCAGGCUCUCUCUGCCAGCAUGUUCUGGGCCUCAGACAUGGAGCUGUCUCCUCUCAACCUCUCCUCGGGCCCAGAGCCGGUGAGGGACAUCCGCUGUGAGUUCUGCGGGGAGUUCUUUGAGAACCGCAAGGGCCUGUCGAGCCACGCACGCUCGCACCUGCGGCAGAUGGGGGUGACAGAGUGGUACGUCAACGGCUCCCCCAUCGACACCCUGCGGGAGAUCCUGAAGCGCCGGGCCCAGCCGCGGGGCGGGACUGCCCCCAACCCAUCCAUGAUGGGCCCCAAAGCCAUGGCCAAGGCCGUGGGAGGGGGCCCUGGCCCCCUAGAGGCUCGCAGCCCCUCGGAGUUGCAUGUCCCCGCCCUCCCCAAGAAGCUACAGCCGCCUGGUAGCCCCUUGGGCCACUCGCCGGCCACCUCCCCGCCCCCCACGGCCCGGAAGAUGUUCCCGGGGCUGCCGCCAUCCUCUCUCCAGAAGAAGUUGAAGCCCGACCAGAUGCGGGUGGAGAUCAAGCGGGAGAUGCUGGCGGGGAGCCUGCACGGCGAGCCCCACCCAUCUGACCGGCCCUGGUCCCCCCGCGAGGAGAUGUCCCCCCUGAACCUAUCCUCCCGGGCAGAGCCGGUGCGGGAUAUCCGCUGCGAGUUCUGCGGGGAGUUCUUUGAGAACCGCAAGGGCCUGUCGAGCCACGCGCGUUCCCACCUGCGGCAGAUGGGGGUGACUGAGUGGUCGGUCAACGGCUCCCCCAUAGACACCCUGCGGGAGAUCCUGAAGAAGAAGGCGGCUAAGCCCUGCCUCAUCAAGAAGGAGCCCAACACAGGCGAGCUGCCUCCGUCCUUGGGGGAGGAUGGGCCCAAAUCCCCGGGGAAGGUGCUGCAAGCCCUACCCCUGGCCCCAAUUGGGGGCCGACCGGGCAAGCCUGGGCCCGGCUCAACCAACAUUCCCCGCGAGCUGGCCCUUUCGCCCCUCUCCACCAAGCCCUCUGCCAGCUUCCUUACCCCUCUGGCAGCCAAGCGGCCCCUGCAGGAGGACCGGCUUCUCCCUGGGGAGAUGAAGCCCAAGGCAUACAUCCAGACGGAGCUGCCCUUCAAGACCAAGACCGUGCACGAGAAGAGUUCCCACACCUCCAGCGAGGCUUGCUGCGAGCUGUGUGGCCUCUACUUCGAGAACCGCAAGGCGCUUGCCAGUCACGCCCGGGCCCACCUGCGGCAGUUCGGGGUGACGGAGUGGUGUGUCAAUGGCUCCCCCAUCGAGACCCUGAGCGAGUGGAUCAAGCACCGGCCCCAGAAGGCUGGGGCCUAUCGCAGCUACAUCCAGGGGGGGCGGCCUUUCACCAAGAAGUUCCGUAACUCGGCCCACGGGCGUGACGGGGACAAACGGGGACCCCUAACGCUUUCCCCCGGGGGUCUGACCCUGGUGAGCAAGAGUCUGGGGGGCGAGCUAGGGUCCGGGGAGGCCAGUCGGGCCGGGGACGGCAGCGAGCGGCCCCUGGCAUCCUCGCCUCUGGCCCUGGUGAAGGUGGAGGAGCACCAGCGGCAGAAUAUCAAUAAGUUUGAGCGCAGGCAAGCCCGGCUGUUGGACGCCCCCACCUCCCGGGGAGAGGAGGCCAGUGACUUCCAGCAGAAGCUAGAAGAGGUGCGCCAGCCUCCGCCCAGAGUGAGGCCCGUCCCCUCUCUGGUUCCCAAGCCCCCCCAGACGUCGUUGGUGAAGUUCGUGGGCAAUAUCUACACCCUGAAGUGCAGGUUCUGUGACGUGGAGUUUCAGGGCCCGCUGUCGAUCCAAGAGGAGUGGGUCAGACACCUCCAGCGACACAUCCUGGAAAUGAAUUUCUCCAAAGCGGACCCCCGACCAGAUGAGCCCGAGGCCCCUGAGGCACAGACGGUGACCGAGGCUCAGUAACGGGCGGGCAAGGCGUUGAGAAGCAUUCCAGAGCCCCACCCUUGUUCCCUCUUCCUCCUUCCCCACCCCCCACUCCCACCAAUUUCUCGUCUUUCCUUCUCCCCCCGCUCCAUCCUCCUCUCCCAUUCUGUUUCCAAAGGAGCAAGCCACAACUUUGACACUUGGGCCCUGGCUAGGCCCCCAGAACCCCAAACUUGAACACUACAGAUGAAUUGCCUCCCCAACUGAGGGGAUGCGGGUUGUCCCCAACCGUCACCUCGUCCCUCCUCUUCCUGCCAUGGAGCCCGCUCUGCAAAUGCAAUGCAAGUGAACGUUUUUCCCCGUCAAGCUGGGACAAGCUCCCACACAUGAGGACCGGGGGCUUGCCUGACCUGGGAGAAAGGGAGGCCCGCUCCUCCCCGUGGCCAAACUGCUAAAGGAGCUGCAAGGGGGCAUGGAAGACGGUUACUCCACAGGAGCCCCGCAAAGGCUGUGGAACGUGGGAGUUUCCCCAGUGGUGACCCAUGGGGAUUGUUUAAAGGACCCGGGCGCUCCUGUCUAUUCACUGACUCAGACUGGUGGGUUGGUUGGUUGACAUCUGGCUCCUGUUUUGACCACACAUUGUGGUUGCAUGAUGAUCCUCCCUGCCCCGCUUCCUCCCCUUUCUCCCGUCCCCCACCCCACCCCCAGAUCCUCCCAACCUCCCCAUUCUUCCUCACUCCUGGCAACAUCUUGUAUAAUGCCAGACCCGGCCCUCUCCUUCCUCUCCUCCAAUCAAGAAACUCUUCACCACUCUCCCAUGGUGCUUGCUCGCUCAACGGGGCCCAUUGCUGGAUCAGCCAGUGCCCCAGGAGAGCUGGCCUUCAGAGUUCACAAGCCAGGGAGGCCCACCGAUCCCCACCUUACCACGGAAAUCCAAGUGGGCUUCCAGAGGCUCGGGUACCUCAGAGGGACUUCCCUGAUCAGGGAAGAUCUCAGAGCUGACAGCUUUCUCCUGCCAAGUCAUAUAUAUCCCCAAAGAGCAGGGGAAGGGGGGACUUUGGAGUCCGGGGGCCGGGAUGGUGGGGGAGCGGACGACUUUUUUUUUUUUUUCUUCCUCCCUUUACCCCCACCCAACCUCACCCUGAUUCACUUUGCUUUUUAUGUAUAGCUUCCUAGACCUUCCAGUUUUUUAAACUCUAGAUUUGUGUAGAAAUUAAGAUGCAUUGAUUUUUAUUUUGGAGUCCUGGGCCAAGUAAAGCCGGAGGCAUUUGACCUUUUAACUUUUUCAGUGAUCAGUGGCCAGAUUCUGGUUUAUUAAUAUACCUAGAAUUAUGUAAAUUAGAUUAAAGUUCUCUUCUGAAAGCACCGCGGGGUAA